AUGUAUAAAGGAAGGCCGAUAGAAAAGCUGUCACCAGAAGAAUGGAAACAGUUUAUUGAUGAUAUGUUACGAAAGGAGGCAGAAAAUAAGAAAAUGCAAAAGAGGAUAGAAGAGGAGAGGAGACAGUUAGAAGCGGCGAAGCAGUUAUUGAAUAUGACCGGCGAUAAGCAAAGCGGCACGAGCACCGUGAUUAGAGGUACUAUAGGCACCUUAACGGAGUUUUCAAUGAGUGAAAAUUGGUCGCUGUGGUUUGAGAGAUUCGAACAAUAUUGUGUUACCAACGAAGUACCAGGGGAAAAGUACGUGUCAUUGUUCCUGACUUCGAUGGGAAAAGACGCGUAUGGGCUGCUGCGUGAUUUGUGUUCACCGCAAAAACCCGCGACAAUGAGGUUCAAAGAACUAGCAGAGAUUAUGAGUAAUCACUUACAACCUGCUCCAUCAGUAAUUAUGGAGAGGUAUAGAUUUAAAGAGUGCAGGCAGAGUCCAGAAGAUGACGUCAAAGCAUACGUCGCGCGUCUUAAGAAAGUUUCAAUGUUUUGUGAAUUUGGCAACGGGCUUGAGACGAACCUGCGUGAUCAGUUCGUCUGGGGAAUUUCGAGCGAAACUACGAAGAAGAGGCUACUCGGAGAAAAAGAACUGACCUCCCAAAGGGCUAUUGAAAUUGCGUUGUCGCUGGAAUCGGCUGGGCGAGAUGCAGCAAGAAUGCAAGGAGGCACCACAGCAACAGCGAGCGCGCUAAAUUUCAUGACGGACAAGAAAAAAGGUGCCGGUAAGAAAAAUAAGCAAGAGAAUAAAGGAGAUGUGAAAAAAUGUUUCUGCUGCGGUAAGUCGAACCACCAAAAAAGUGAGUGUCGUUAUAAGGAUUUUAAGUGCAACGCGUGUGGCAAAGUCGGGCAUUUGCAGGUAGUGUGUCGAAACAAAACAAGUGCCAGUUCAAGCGUGAGCGCGCAACAGCAAGUUAAGCCGCGUGGCGGUCGCACUACCGAGAAGCAUAAUUUCGUAGAAGAGGAGCCGUUAGGUCAAGCGCUCGAUUCGAUUUUCGCGUUACAAAGCACUGAUGUAAACAAAGCAUGCGACAGCCUUCCGUUCCGUUUUCAAGUGAGUGUUGAAAAUGAGCCGUUAUUUUUCGAGAUCGACACUGGCUCACCUAUUACCGCGAUUUCUGAAAAAGUAUACCGUGAAAAAGCCAACUUGUAUCGUGUUAAACUACUUGAGAAUCCACGAGUUUUCAAAACGUACCAUGAGAAACGUUUGACACCGUUAGGAGUAUUACGCGUACAAGUCAAACACGUAGAUAAAGAGUUGAAGCUAGAGCUUUUUGUAUUACCUGGUAACACUGAGACGCCCAUAAUGGGACGAGAGUGGUUACGCCCAUUAAACAUAAUCCAUGUAAAUUCGACCACGGGCGAGAUGUGUAUUAAUUCAUUAAAAAAUGAAGAUAGCCCCAGUAAGGUGUUGAUUAGUAAAUUUAGUGGCGUAUUUUCGGAUAAAAUUGGAUUAUAUACGGGCGGAAAAUUUUCUUUGCAUGUAAAGCCAGAUACGAAUCCUGUUUUUUGUAAAGUAAGAGCCGUGCCAUUCGCGCUACGCAGUAAAUUAGAACAAGAGAUAGCGAGGUUAGAAAAGGAUAAAAUAAUUGAACCGGUAAAAAGCAGCGAAUGGGCCACGCCAGUCGUACCUGUUCUAAAAACAAGUGGGCAAAUUAGACUGUGCGGAGAUUACAAAAUCUCAUUAAACCCGCAUUUAAUCGUGGACAGACACCCUAUUCCUCGUGUAGCUGAUUUGUUGGCAAACCUUGAAGGUGGAAAAUUAUUUUCGAAAUUAGAUUUAGCACAUGCUUACCAACAAAUCGAGCUAGACGAAGAGUCAAAAAACUUAACAACCAUAACUACACACAAGGGCUUAUACAAGUAUAAUAGACUGAGUUAUGGCAUAGCAUCGGCACCGGGACUUUUCCAAAGAGAGAUGGAAAAAAUAGUAAACGGAAUCCCCGGGGUAAAAACGUAUUUUGAUGACGUCCUGAUAUCGGAAAAAUCGCGAGAAGAGCAUGAUGAGCGUCUAUUUGAAGUUUUAAAGCGUUUUGAGCAAAAAGGGUUGACCGUGAAACCGAGUAAGUGUAAAAUUGCACAAAAAUGUAUUCAGUUUUUGGGAUAUGAAUUAGAUGAACACGGCUUACAUGUGGCUCAAAGUAAAAUAGAUGCGAUUAUUAAUAUGAAAACCCCGACCAACAUCAAAGAGUUGCAAUCGUUCCUAGGGGCAUGUAAUUAUUAUAGUAGAUUUAUUAAAAAUUAUGCUCAAAUAAUGAGUCCCCUGUAUAAAUUGUUAAAAAAAGAUGUGGAAUGGCAGUGGACAACUGAGCGCGAAAAGGCAUUUGAAGAGGCAAAAUUAAAAUUAACGUCUCAUGAAGUGUUAGUACACUACGACUCAGAUGUACCGAUUAAAAUCACGUGUGAUGCCUCACCUAAAGGCCUCGGUGCCGUACUAUCCCACAUCUUUCCAUCAGGCAAAAUUAAACAUGUGGCUUUUGCCUCAAGGGUACUAAACAGCGCUGAAAAAAAUUACUCUCAAUUGGAUAGAGAAGCCUUAGCCUUAGUGUUCGGUGUAAAAGCAUUUCACCAAUACGUUUAUGGCCGACCGUUUAUCCUUGAAACGGACCAUAAACCACUGACGUAUAUCUUCGGGAAAAAGAAGGGUAUACCACAAAUGGCAGCGAGUCGGGUUCAACGCUGGGCCGUUAUUUUAUCAGGGUAUGAUUUCGAAAUUCGACACAUUAAGGGUACGGAAAACGGGCCAGCUGACGCGUUGUCGCGAAUGUUGAUUGAUAAUUUCAAGGCCGAUCCUAAUAACGCAGAACGUGAAGAUUACAGUUUUUUAAAUUUUGUUUCAGAAGAAUCUAAUUUGAUUGAUGUUAAUAUAAUUCGGCAAGAAACCCUAAAAGAUCCUGUUUUGAUUAAAGUGCGAAACUUUUUAAUAGAAGGCUGGCCGUUAAAUGUUGAAGAAAAACUACAACCAUAUAAAAAUAGACAAUUAGAGCUAACUCUUGAAAAUGACUGCAUUUUCUGGGGCCAUCGAAUUGUCAUUCCGACUACUGUGAUCGAGAGCGUGUUGGGCGAGUUACAUAGUGCCCAUAUGGGCAUAGUGAAAAUGAAGGCUCAGGCCAGGUCUUUUGUAUGGUGGCCGGGAAUAGAUAAAAUGAUCGAAAACACGGCAAAAUCGUGUGAACUAUGCUUGCAAUAUGGUACUAACCCACCACGCUCGAUCUUACAUACUUGGAAGUGGCCCGAGGCGCCGAAUGAAAGAGUACACGUUGAUUUUUGCGGACCUAUUGACGGGCAUAUGUAUUUGAUUAUAACUGAUGCGUACUCUAAGUGGAUAGACAUACGUGAAAUGAAUAACAUUACAGCAUCCUCUACAAUUAAAGUCUUAAAAGAGUACAUCAGUACAUGGGGGCUACCGAUUGCCAUUGUAAGUGAUAACGGGCCGACGUUUACAGCCACCGAAUUCCAGGCAUUCUUAAAGAAAAACAAUAUCAAACAUUUUAACACGGCCCCUUAUCACCCUGCGUCAAACGGUGCGGCAGAGAACGCUGUCAAAACUUUUAAAAGCAAAUUCAAGUUGUUGACCAAAGAGAUGACUCGGCACGAAGCGUUAGUAAGGUAUUUGUUUGUAUACCGUUCUGCGCCGCACUGUACGACUGGUUGCUCCCCGGCGGAAUUGCAAUUAGGGCGCAAACUUAGAACUAGAUUAAGUGCUAUUGAUGCAUCAGUGCGAGAAAAUGUUAUUAAAAAUCAAGAAAAACAAAAGUUGUACUUUAAUGGAAAUAGAAAUAUGCAAUUUAAUAUAGGUGAUACAGUAAUGGCAAAAGAUUUUAGUUUUAAUCAGUGGCGGAAAGCACAAGUUAUAGAUAAGUUAGGCCCCGUCACUUAUAAUGUCCGCGCUGAUAAUAAUAAGAUGUGGAAAAGGCACGUUGACCAAAUAAGAACAUGCGAAGAAAAAAUUCAGUUACCUUUUCCACACCACUGUCAUGAUAAUGUAAUGCCGGCGACAACGAGCGACACCGUUAAUAUUAACUCAAACAUGGAAAACGAAGCACAGGAAGCUAAUGCUACUAUUUACAAACAACCGGCAUUCGAAAAUAAUUGUGCUAAUGUCGCGUCGUCCAUACAAACGGCUAGACAAGUUGACACUGCUGCUAAAAUUGUAAAGCCGGCCGUUGAGGAACUGCGACGCUCCACGCGCGUUCGAAAAGCGCCUCAGCGCCUUAAUAUAUAA